CGACAAAGUUUUUCGUGAACAAUCAAAUGUACACACUAAAUUGUUUGAGUGGUUUACGGAAGAAAAUGAGGAAAAACGACCAAGGCCAUAUGUGUUAGUCAAGUUCAAGAAACGAGUUUAUUCGUCCGCUUUUUUUGGAUCUAAAGUGACAAAUAAUUACAACACUAAACAAAACCGAGAAUCAUCACCCCCGCCCGUCAAGCAGAUUUUUUCCUUCAGUGAUGAGGAGCAAGGUGCUAUAAUCGAACCUAUUCUUAAUUUGCGUCCACCCAUAAAUCCAGAUUUCGGUAAUGCUGAUACUCUAAAUAUGCUUAAUUUUAUCAUCGAAAAUAUAAAACUUUUUGAUAAGUCGGUAUUCCACGGCCAACAUAAAUCAGCUCCCAUUAACCUUUUCAAAAAUUUUAAGAAUAAUGUUCGGCAUAAAAUGGCACAUGGUAUAUUAAUUGAUCAAAAGGGUCGAUGGAGUGACCACGCACUCCAAAAUGUUGCUAUUCUUGCGUGUGAUGUCGUUACAUGUUUAGGUGGCAACUAUGAGGAAUUGUACACUAUAAAGGAAAGAUUGGGCAAUAAAAUUAUUGAAAAAUGGACGGACAAACCAACUUUAGAAGUCGAAAAUAAGAACUAUGAGAAUCAGAUACAACCGAAAAGAAAGCAUGAUGACUCGAAUUUUUGUGAAAUGCUAAAAUUUGUCAAUGAAACGAAAGAGGACUCCAAGCAAAAGAUAAUGAAGAUGGCAUUAAGGGAAGAUGAAGACUUAAUCCAGAUAUGGAGAGUUGUUAAAACAACGGAGUGCAGAAAAAAGCAAUCCUAUGAAUUUAUUGAUUUUGUGAACCUAGCAUUUAAUUUAGAUUUAAAGUACAUUGGCACCGAAGUGGAGCAAUCGAAAUUCUACUCUGAUUCGCCUGAAGCAAAAAGGUUAUGUAACUAUAGUCGGCAGCGUGGUGUGUGUGGAAUAAGUUCUCCCGCAAUUUUCGCUUCCACGCCGACAUAUCAAAAAGAUGAUAAACAAGAAGAUGCUAAAGUUUACGGAUAA